AUGCUGGAGAACGCCAUUAAUCAUAAAAUACUGUCUCAUACUAAUACAAAUCUUAGUUUGAAAGCACCAACUGGGACCAGACUUAAUUAUUCGAUACCAGCAAAAAGAUCACCUGUGGUCUGGUGGAAUCAAAAUGUCGUCUCGCACCAGGAAACAUUGUCCCCGGAGAUUUACGCUGCAUACUUUGAGGCUGUUCCACCAGGUUGCCCUGCUCUAAUCUUAUCCUUUAAAAUGUCCAUCACCUUCAACCAACCAAUUAUUAAUAGCGAUGUCCACAUUACAACUCAGUGCCCAAAGUUAUUAGACCUUUCAAUUUCUUCUGUUGAGGUGAAGAGAUUGAAAAAAAAAUACUUUCUGAGUGGAAGUCAAAGGAGAAGCAAUAUAACUGAAGCUCUCAAGAGAUUCAGAAAACAGUCAAUUGCAAAAGUCCAUAAAAAUAACGACAUAAGCAGCUUGAAGAUCAUUUCCUUAUCUCACAUUUUCCCGAUCAACAAGUUUGAUGUCGGAAAAUGCGUUAACAAAUACUUUGACAAUAAAACGCGCAAAGCACUGAACUCAGCAGUCGUGUAUUGUAAGGAUAAAGCUGAUGAAGAAGAGAAAAUGGCCAUGAUGAGGGCAAUCAAAGUCACAGUUAAAGAAAAGAAGCAAUCUCGCGCUUCUAUUGCUGAUAAUUCCGAAGCAACAUUUAUAGGAAAAUAUCUGAUGCCAGUAAUCAGAACAGUAUUGUUGAAAAAAUCAGGCAAAAAUAUCCAUUAUGCCAUAUAA